AUGUUAAAGGAGUCCCCUGGCCAGGGUCCACCUCCUCAAUUUCAUAGGCAGAUACCAGUGACUACACCUCCUGGAGUUCCCUCUGUUCAGCACUCUACUCCUGCACUUCCCCAAUUCAUAUCUAUCGAAGAUAGCCUCAUAGAUCCUGUACUCAGGAGCCCUGUGCCACCCUGUCAUAUGGUAGAUGCUGAUGUCAUGACUAAUCCACCUCAAUGCAUCUCAGAUGCAUUGCAACCUCUAUCUCCUCCCAAUCUAGACUUGAUAUCUGGCAUCCUCAGUGUCAAAGUACUGCAACAAUCUAAAAUGGUCACUUGGGCUGAUGGGUGCAGGACAGUGCUUCCCUGUGUCAUGAGCAAAGGCAUCAACAUAUACAAGGACACAGAUGUUGCCAUGGUGCAGUUCCUCUCCAAGUUUUUGGAAUCGAAACCCACCUCUAACAACAUUCAAUCCAUCAGUGAGGCCCUUCACCAUAACAAACCUGUCAUUAUCUGGGGAAGUGGUAGUGAUAGUGCCCCUGCACUGGAUGUAGAAUAUCUAGAGACUAAUUUCAGGAUAUUGCCCCUGAUACACUGUUACCAUACAUGCAAACAAGUAAUGGAUUUCGCACAUUCCCACAUGAAAGGGACAAUACAGCAAUUCCUAGAUGACAUAAACAACCCAUCCAAAAUCCAAUACAUACUCAACAUACCUCUUUCCCAUGUAGGUCUCCCACCAGAGCUCCACCUUCUAGACCAUGGCCUCAUAUAUGGCUGGAACAAGACCACAGUUGAUUGUCCCAUUGAAAGCAGCAAAGUGCACCCAGACAACUUCACCACAAAGUCCUGGAUAUUACUUCACCAGGCAGGGUUCAUGUCCUACCCUCAUCACAAUGCUGAUAGUGCCAUAACAUUUGUCCAGAUCAAAAUGGGUAUCAAGUUCUGGGUAGUCUUCCACCCCAAACAUGUGCUCAGUCAAACAGUCCUUCAAAAGGCACAGAUGUUAUUUGCCAACUUUGCCAGAUGCAGAGUUUUCAACCUGCUGGCCAAGGCACUUGUUGGCCUCUGCCUGAUGGUGAUCAACUGUGACAAGUAUAAGGCUUUGAACAAUGACCAGGGAUACAAAAUCAUUGAAUCAGAGAGCACCAAAAGAGUGGUCACCAUCGCCACAGUGAUCAUUCAUCAUUUCUACAAGGAUAUGGCCACAAUGCAGCAAUCCUACCAAUCCAGCAAUCAAAGUGACCCAGAGGAUGUUGCGGAUGGUGACAUCAAUCUUGGAGCCAUAGAACACACCAUCUCCAGGGUUGACUUGCCAUGUUCCUUGAAAUUGAUUAUCAAGUGCUUUGGAGAAUUGGUCUUCCACAGUGUUCCAAGUCUCGAUGGUGCUGAAAUAGUUGUUGGGGUGAGUGAGUAG